AGAGUCCAGACUUGACUCAUCUCCCACCUCAUCAGGGCUAAGAUCCCAGCAUUGUCACAGAAAAUAACCUUCCUGCUGCAGAACACCAAUUGCACAGCCGGAUCAGCAAAGUAUCGCUAUUACCCUCUACCAUGGAGUACCUCUCUGCCUUGAGCCCCGGUGGCCUACUCAGAUCAGUAUCCACUGCGAGCUCCGAGUUUGGCCGUAGGAUCUGGAACUCAGCCCCACCACCUCAGCGACCUUUCCGAGUCUGUGAUCACAAGCGGACAAUCAGGAAGGGUUUGACAGCUGCCACCCGCCAGGAACUGCUAGAUAAGGCACUGGAGACCUUGCUGCUGAGUGGAGUGCUAACGCUGGUCCUGGAGGAGGACGGGACUGCUGUGGAGACUGAGGACUUCUUCCAGCUGUUGGAGGACGACACAUGCUUGAUGGUGCUGGAGCAGGGACAGAGCUGGAACCCCAGGAGUGGGAUGCUGUCAUAUGGCCUGGGCCGAAAGAAGCCAAAGCACAGCAAGGACAUCGCCCGCAUCACCUUUGACGUGUAUAAGCAAAACCCUCGAGACCUCUUUGGCAGCUUGAACAUCAAGGCCACAUUCUACGGGCUCUACUCCAUGAGUUGUGACUUCCAAGGAGUUGGCCCCAAGAAAGUCCUCAGGGAGGUCCUUCGCUGGACCUCCUCACUGCUGCAAGGUCUGGGUCACAUGUUGCUAGGAAUUUCCUCUACUCUUCGCCACAUAGUAGUUGGGACUGAGCAAUGGCAGCAGCAGCAGAGUGGCCUCCAUUCCUACUGAGAAAGAGCUCCAAGCUUCUGUGCCAGACUCGCUCCAAGAGACAUCCGGUCUCCUCCUGAAGAAUGCAGCACAUUUCCUGCCUUCCACUUACAGACCUGCCCUCCACCAUCCCGAGUCUACUUGAUGGCUGCCACACCUACAUCCUUACCAACUCCUCCUACCCCCAAGAUCAACCCUCUCUCAUCCCACCUUGAGAUCUCUGUUGCUUCAGACCUUUCUAAAAAAAAAAAGAAAGAAAAAACCAGAAAUGU